CCUUAAAUCUACUUUAGUAAGACCUUAUUCAGCAUUCUUAAUGUUAUUUAAGAAGCUACAUUUGUUAUUAAAGAUAAGCUUGAUUUAAUCAUUCUUAGAUGCACUCAUCCUGUUAUUUUUUCUAAAAGAUGACUUUUCAUGUUUCAAACUGUUACUGUUACUAAUUAUAGAAGUGCAAACUGUUUAAUUCUUGGUGUGAUUAUUAGACACACUUUUACAUGAAAAAAAAAGGAGGUGUGAGAGGUUGGGGGAAGGAAACGGUCCCGUGUUUUUGUGGAUGAUAAUUGGCUGGAGGCAUAGAUUAUGGGAGGGGCCUCAGUGCUGCUGUUUCUGUAGACAGAGGCAGAAGGAGGGAGAUGGGGUGUGUGUGUAUUAGAAAGAGAGACGGCAGAGCAGGACAAAUGAACCGGGGGGGAUUCUCCCAGCAUCGCAAUGCCUGCCGUUAAGAUUUCAACUCCAGACGAAGUUGCUGCUCUUCAGGCUUGAAAUGGACUUACGGGAAUGUUUUACUCCACCUUUGUGAGGACUGAUUUUUGCCCUCUGUAGACCCCCGAUGCCAUCGGCUUCCUAACAGCGUUCUGCUGGGAUCUUACAACGAAGGACCAAAGAGGAGCUGACACAAAAAUAAGUGCAGAUGGAAGCCUGGUAAAAGGAGAGCAGAGGCGAAAGUAAGGAAGUGGUUUUACGGAGAGGAAACAAAGCAUAUCAUGCCAUUCCCACAAUAUAUGUAUGCAGGUCAUUAAACAAUGACUUUUCGAUGGAAACUGUUACACUGACUUGAUGGGCUACAGAUUGAAGAGAUACAGUCUGCAGUUGGAUCGGACAUUAAAGACAUCCUCAUUUUCACAAGAGUGACAUUUCUGGCAGCUUUUCCGUGCCUUCACCUGAGACACCAACCAUCAGAAGGGGAUUUUAACCAAGAGUGCUGUAGGUGCGUCAGCUCUAAGGGCAACACCGGGGAACCCUCUCUCACCUUUAUCUGCCCUUUUGAAAUUAAGCAUGGAGGUCUUCGUUUGAACUGAAACAUAACGGCUCAUAAAAACAACUGCCUGCCAGACCGAAUAGCACCUCUUUGGAUUUAUCCUACCCUUUAAGGGCCUCUUUAUGCCUUUUAAUGCCUGAGAUCAUGAAUUCCUCCCUGGAUCCACUGAACCAAAGCUUACUGGACUCAAAUGUGUCCGCUCCUUUCUGCUUACUUGAAGUAGGCUAUUCUCAAAUUUUCAGCACCUGCCUUCUUGAGGUAUCUGUUAUUCUACUCCUUGCUAUCCUUAUCAUUUGUGGAAACUUGGUGGUGAUCUUUGUGUUUCACUGUGCUCCUUUGCUCAGCCAGCACACCACCAGUGCUUUUAUCCAGACGAUGGCAUAUGCAGAUUUGCUAGUGGGGGUCAGCUGCCUUUUCCCCUCUCUGUCUCUGCUCCACCAUUUGCAGGGACUGGACCCUAAACUGACCUGCCAAGUGUUUGGGUACAUGGUGUCAGUUUUGAAGUCAGUUUCAAUGGCAUCGCUCGCAUGCGUGAGCGUAGACCGCUACAUAGCCAUCACACAACCACUGACUUAUUCAUCUCUAGUGACGCCCUGUCGGGUACGCUGCUGCAUCGUUCUAAUAUGGUUAUACUCUGCGUUGGUGUUCCUCCCGUCUUUUCUUGGGUGGGGGAAGCCCGGGUAUCACGGCGAUGUGGUAGAAUGGUGUGCGGUGGAGUGGAGGACUAGUCCGGCUUUUACUACCUUCAUUGUUGCACUGCUCUACGCCCCAGCUGCUCUGACAAUCUGCUUCACAUACGCCAACAUCUUCAAGAUCUGCAGACAGCACACUCGGGAAAUCAGCGAGCGCCACGCCCGGUACAGGCCCCAACAGCAGCAGGGCGGCAGAAUGGCUGUGGGGUCAGUGAUGAAGGAUUGCACCAACGCAGAACAAGGGCAGCUUCCCCAAUUGACGCAACCACAAAAGCACCAGCACCACCAACCUCAGUAUCAGCAGUCUUCGUACCCAGACAAGCGAUAUGCUAUGGUAUUGUUUCGAAUAACCAGUGUGUUCUACAUCCUCUGGCUGCCCUACAUCCUGUACUUCCUGUUGGAAAGCGGAGGGAUAUACCACCACCCUGUAGCCUCGUUUCUUACCACCUGGUUGGCUAUCAGCAACAGCUUCUGCAACUGUCUCAUUUACAGCCUCUCCAACUCGGCAUUCAGAAAGGGCCUCAAACGGCUCUGCUCCUUCUGUCUGCGGCGCAGCGGCGAUGGCUUCGGAGUCAAGAAAACCAAAAAGGCUUUUGUUGGUUCUGUUGAAAAGGGAUGUGCAAAGCAGUGGUAUGGAUAUGACAAUGGGGAUAUGAGAGCUGGUACAACAUGUCAUGUGUAGCUCGAAUGAAGAAGGAAACCCUGGUGUCAAGCUUACAUUAGAGUUAAAAUGCCCAAAGUGACUGCUCUUAAAAUCUCUUAAAAAGUGCUUUUAAGAGAUGGAAGAUGGUAUCGUUCUGUUGCUGCUACUUCUGGCUCUCCCUUUAAAGGCUAUGGAGACAGAGAGAAAAGGGUUGAAAGCCGAGCAAUCUGGAACAGAAUGUGGGCCUCAUUAGCCCUUCAAGGUGUUUUUUUAAUGUUGAAAACACAAGAUGAUAUGGAUGGGGAGCUGACAGAUGAAAUGCUCUGGUAUGAGGAGGAAAUCCUUGCCUCCUCUCUGUGGAAACAAACCUUUUUUGAACAAAAGGUUCAACAAAACUUUAUCUGCUGUCUUUGGAACUAAAUACUUGACUUGUUUCUGCAGAAACUACCAAAUUAUGCUAGAACCAAACGGUUCUCAUGAAGUUUUAUGUGCUUCAUUUUCAACAUGACCUUUGUGUUUAACACAAUUUGUUGAAUUAAACUAAAAAAAAAAAAACACAAACAAAAUAAAAGACAUGCUGGUCCAGUCAGUUCAAGGGGCCAAUGUGAUUUAGUGAGACUGCAGAAAACAGCGGAGCCAACCUGAACUUUUAACUAAAUGUUAUUUAUUGAUGUUAUUAAAAUGUCUGUUGAAUUUGUGGGUUUUGCACACUGCAAAUAUUUGUUAUAAGGACCUAGCUUUGGUGUACGAGUGCUUAACUGGCAAAAAUCUAAUCUGAGGUUCAGUGAUGUUCAGGCAAAAGAGCCACAAUCCAGUAAAGUCAUUAAAUAAACAAAGUAAGUACUGAUUCUUGAAUUAUUUAAUAUGUCCAAAACUACAUUUUUUAAAUUAGUUUUUAUAUAACAGUAAAAAAUUAAACAUUUCUUUUAAAUUCUCAGUCAUGGCUACUUUAUUACUUAUUACUUUAUUAAUUACUUUAUUAAUACAUAAAAAUAUUGUGUAUGCAUUAAAAUGGUAAUUUAAUGUUUCAUUAAUAAUCAAAGACCCCUGAAGACAUUUGGGUAGGAAGUGGCAAACAUUGCUAGUGAUUGUUUAGUAGUUGAUUUUCUGUGCAAUAAAACAAUCUGAUGUUGGGGUCUGCCUAAUUAGUACAUUGACAAAUUCACCCAUUUAAAAAGUGACUUUUUGAGACAGUUACUGAUAUGUAUUAGUACAUACCGGAAUAAGUUGUAUAUUUUGGCAUAAAAUAAGAUUUGGAUGUAUUAUUUUCUAAAUAAUCUAGAAUAAAUUUCAGUCUAGCUAAACAACUAUAGAUACAUGGUUAAUUAAACAAUUUAGUUCCAGUUGUUUUUCUUAAUGAAUUAGUCUUCUUCAAUCUUUAAUUACUUACUCAAUUGUGGCACUUCUCCCUUUAUAUUUGCAUUUUUACCAGUUUUGUUGCACCUUAAUUUUAUAUGUAGCAUAAUGUGUUUUCAACACCAAGAAAGCAUAUGUUUUUUCCUGCAUCUAGUGUACAGACUAGAUUAAUUUUAUACAUAGGGUUAGCAGGGUUACUACACUGGCUGUAUUUUUAGGUCUAAAUAAAAAUACAGAAAAAGAAAAAUGCAUUGAAAGUAAAGUAUUUAAUGCUUUAUAUUCACCCUGUUGUCUAAAUGUACCAUCUAACUGUGCUUACAGUCUGUUGUGUCCUUUCCAUCUUUGGGAUCUGGAAGCAUCUUAAAGUGUGGACCUAUGUGAUUGUGAAAGUAUGCAAAAGCAUUUGUAUAAGACUUGAAUAUUUGUGUGCAUGUUAAUGGUGUUCCUAUUGUGCAUUUAUAUAUAUAAAUAUGUAAAGAAACAACUGAAAAACAUUUAAAUAAGACUGAAUUGUACUUUUAUUGUACUAAAGUUUGUUUCCAGCUUUCAGGAGUCCUGUUAAAAACAAACAUUCCUUAGCUUUAUAUCUCAUCUGCAGUAAUGUGCCAAAGAAGAUGUUACACUUUGACCUUUUUUCUCCCCUAAAUGUAAUAUCUGCUAUGUGAGCGAGUUUAUACAAUAUUAUCAACCGUCUACUGCACUCUGUCGCAUCAGCGAUGCUUUGUGUGCAUGUCUACAACUGUUUCUGAGUAUAUUGGGUUAUAAAGUUGCCUUUUAUUUAAAAACGAAUAAUAAUCAGCUGUUGAGGGAAGUGGUUUUCUUUGACAGCAAGUGAGGGCUAAAUUAAAAGACGUGUGACUGUUUUAAAAUAAUUCAGUUCCAGAGUUUGCUUUACUCCUUUGGUAGCUGAAGUGUUUGAAGUUUUAUCAGCUAUUUAAAGCAGAUGGCACCUUUUUGCUUUAACUUAACUAAGAAAUAUGUAAAUGAACAAUUUAAACUGUUACCUUUUUGUCUUGCACUUGUGUUCUUGUGUGAUUGAAGCACAAUGAAGAUGAUGAAUGUGUGCAGGCACGCCCAGACUCGACCAUUGGCUAGAUUCUGACUGUUCAAUCUGUUUUGGUCUCUGUUUCCUUCUCAUUCAUAAUCGUACAUGAUGGGUGUCAUGAAAUAAUUAGCUCUUAUCUAUCCAUUCCCGUUUCUGCCAUCUUCUCUGCUGCUAUCUAAAUAUUUUCAUGUUUACACAAACAUAAGUCUACAUGUUUAUCAAAGGACAUUUAUAUUAUGUUUUUAUUUUUAAUCACUGAGCUCAGCUUGUUCUCAAGUGAUAUCCAGCCUACAUUCAGCAGCAGUCAAAGAAACAAAAACAUCCAUUUUCAACUUUAUAAAGUUGUUUUUCUUUUCAUCCUUUGAAUUGUAGGUUUCUGCUUCAAGCAUUGUAAUUUAGAUCUUUUUUGUUUAGAAGAAUUCUGUUGCACAGCAACUUAUUUUACAGUCCCUUCAGAACAAUACUUCUUUGAGGACAAUCCAUGGUGCCUAAAAGUGCUCCCGUUGGUCACAUACACUCACUCCGUUCUUCCUGUGGGGGAAACAAUCAACUUACGUGUUCUCACGGGAAUGACACUGAUGGCUAGGAGGAAAUUUCCAUGCCCUGCUUGGUUAAAAAUGCUAAAAAAAAUAAAAAAAUAAAGGAUGUUUAUAGCUGGAAGAGCUCACGGUGUAAAAAUCAUGAGUUUUCAGAACAACAGUAGCUAUGUUGUUGAACUAAAACAUUUUAUAACAGUGGUUUUAUAGGUUUGCUUUAGAUUUAAGUCCAACUGGGGUUACUUGCAAAAUAAUUUUUCUAUUGUAACUCUCCAAUACUUAUAUAUAGGAAACGUUUCUUUUUUUUAGAUAUAAAAAAUACUUGAGAUGAUUGAUUUAGUGCAGUAAAAUGCACCUACUUUCUCUCUCUCGCUUUCUCUGGCUUGUUUUCUGACAUACUUCUAUGUUGGCAAACCAUUUAAAGUAGAUCAGCAGCACUUGGUUUGAGACGACCUAGAAUUUUAUCAGUCACGGAGACAACUCCCAAUGGAACCAGUUAGAUCAGAUACUGCACAUGAACUUUAAAUUAAGAGGUUUCGUUUUUAGGUUUUGGACGGUCUGAUUAUUAUGUAUUUUUAGCAGAACCUAAACUACCACUCAUCUAAUGAGCCAGGCUAUAAACAUAAAUUCAAACAUAUAGAAUAUUAAACAUAUAAAAAAGCAAAACAAAAACGGUUAUCGUAUAAAAGACGGGAAAAGACUGCCGAUUAAACAUUCCAGACAGGAAAUUCUACUUGUUGUUUUCUACAAAUAAGUGAGACCUUGCAGGUUUAAAAGUUCAAAAUAAUGUUUUUAAAAACAAACAUAUUUCAAAUACAAGGAGGGGUGGGCCAAUGUCUUAUUACAUUGUUAGAAAGAUAUGUGCUUUAAUACAGGCUGUGAAUGCUGGGCUAAGUGUUUAUUUAUGCUGUUGUUGAAUGUGAGUGAGCCAUCUGAUUACAUGAUGCUCUGUAUGCCAUACCUUUUUGUAAAUCGUAGACUUUAUCUGUGCUGAACAAAUAAAUAUGAUUUUAUCGCA